UCGCGAGAGAAGAAGUUUACUCUGUGAGCGCGCCGCUCGGCCCAGUAGCCAGAGAGGAGGAGGAGGAGGAAGAAGAGGAGGAGGAGGAGGAGAAGAAGCAGAAGCAGAGGAGGCGCAACGUCAGCCAGACAGCCCCGAUCUACGCCGAGGGAGCCCCCGUCCUUCCUCCCUCCCUCCCUCCCCUGCCCUCCGUGGCCUUCAGGGUCCAGGAGAAUCCCUCUCGGGGGAUCAAUUGACUUUCUGACUUCGGCUGCCCUAGAAAGGGGCAAAGGAAAGCCAUAGACCUGGAGGAAGAGGAGGAAGACACCAGUUCUGAUAUCUCCUUCUCGCUCUCAUCAGAAGAGUCUGAGAUGGAGCCUGAAGAAGAACGGAUCCGUUAUAGCCAACGACUGCGUGGUGCUAUGAGACGACGCUAUGAGGAUGAUGGUAUUUCGGAUGAUGAAAUUGAGGGCAAACGGACGUUUGACCUUGAAGAGAAACUUUCAACCAACAAAUUUAACGCUAGCUUUGUGGUGUUCAUGGAAGGAAAAGAUUUCACAAUGGAAUACAUUCAGCGUGGCGGUUUAAGAGAUCCCUUGAUCUUCAAGAAUUGUGAUGGACUUGGAAUAAAGAUGCCAGAUCCAGACUUCAGUGUGAAUGAUGUGCGUCUCUAUGUAGGGAGUCGCAGGAUGGUGGAUGUAAUGGAUGUUAACACACAAAGAGACAUUGAAAUGACUAUGACACAGUGGGCACGCUAUUAUGAAACUCCAGAGGAGGAGCGAAAGAAACUAUACAAUGUAAUCAGCCUGGAAUUCAGUCAUACCAGGCUUGAGAACCUGGUGCAAAGACCAAAUACGGUGGAUUUGAUUGAUUGGGUUGAUAACAUGUGGCCAAGACAUCUGAAGGAAAGCCAGACAGAAUCAACGAAUGCUAUUCUAGAUAUGCAGUAUCCCAAGGUGCAAAAGUACUGUCUUAUGAGCGUCAAGGGCUGCUAUACUGACUUCCAUGUAGACUUCGGUGGCACUUCAGUAUGGUAUCAUAUCCACAGAGGGGGGAAGAUCUUCUGGUUAAUUCCACCUACUCCCCAGAACCUGGAAUUGUAUGAAAACUGGCUGCUUUCAGGGAAGCAAGGGGACAUCUUUCUCGGUGACAGAGUGUCAAAUUGCCAGCGUAUUGAGCUCAAGCAAGGCUAUACUUUUGUCAUACCCUCAGGUUGGAUUCAUGCAGUGUACACUCCUAUGGACACCCUUGUUUUUGGAGGUAACUUUCUGCACAGCUUCAACAUCCCUAUGCAGCUGCAGAUUUAUAGUAUUGAAGACCGUACACGGGCUAGACGUGGGAUGGAGGAGAUGGACAGCCCCCGGAUGUCCGGCGAUUCCGGACAUCUGCCAAGGGCUCCUGCAGCGCGGAGAGAGUUGUCCUGGACUUCUGGUGCGCGGCCCAGAGGCCGCGGGGCACAGCCGGAGGAGGGAUAUCCCUCGUCUUCGUGCUCUAAUGCGCCCGGCCGCUGCAACCUCACCCAAAAUCGGGAGGGAGCGGCUCGCUCGGAGGUCUCCAGGAGCGUGAGUAACGCCGCAGCGUGUGGCCGUGUCUCGCCUCAACCACUCCCGCCAGAGUUGGCUAACCUGAUGUCUGCCCUUACGGCAGCCAUUUCUUCUUCCCUGCCCUCCUCCGAUAGGGAGGCUCACCCCAUACUUAAAAGUGUGAUGACAGACCUGUUAAACUUGAUAUCAUUAUUUGGGCUUUUUAAUACAGAUAUGGAGCUGUGCAGCUCUGAGUCAGGAAAUGUGGAUGAAGAUGAUGCAACAGCAGCGAAGGAAUCACGCCGCCCAGUCACCAGACGGUCAGUCCUCACCAGCCCUGUAGCCAAUGGUGCUAAUCUAGACUAUGAAGAACUAAAUAAAGGCUGUCGAAGUUUGCCUGGUCUCAAGAGGACUCUCUCCAUGGACUCUGAGUCCAGCCGUGGCUCUCACAAUGGCCAAGCCUGGGAUUCUCACAGCCCUCAGAAGGGAAAGAAGGUGCACCUGACACAGUUUGAGCUUGAGGGUCUCCGCUGUCUGGUAGAUAAACUGGAAUCUCUGCCUCUGCACAAGAAAUGUGUACCCACAGGCAUAGAGGAUGAGGAUGCCCUUAUUGCAGAUGUUAAGCUAUUGCUCGAAGAAUACGCAAACAGUGAUCCCAAACUGGCACUCACUGCAAUCCCUAUUGUCCAGUGGCCGAAGAGAGAUAAGCUCAAAUUUCAAACUCGUCCAAAGCUAAGAUUACCCACUAUACCUAUCACCAAACCCCACACCAUGAAACCAGCUCCACGGCCAGCAACUGUGAGACCCACAGUCUCUCCUAUUGUAUCAGGUGCACGCAGAAGGAGAGUACGAUGCCGUAAAUGCAAGGCCUGCGUGCAAGGGGAAUGUGGCAUGUGUCACUACUGCAGGGAUAUGAAAAAGUUCGGAGGGCCUGGUCGCAUGAAGCAGUCCUGUGUAUUACGGCAGUGCUUGGCACCCAGACUGCCUCAUUCGGUCACAUGUGCACUUUGUGGGGAGGUAGAUAAGAAUGAGGAUUCACAAGACUUUGAAAAGAAGUUAAUGGAGUGCUGCAUCUGCAAUGAGAUUGUUCACCCUGGUUGUCUACAGAUGGAUGGCGAAGGGCUACUAAAUGAUGAAUUGCCCAACUGCUGGGAAUGUCCAAAGUGCUACAAGGGAGAUGAAGCAGAGAAAGGCCAGAAGCGGAAGAUGGAUGAUGGUGAUGAUGAUGCAGUCCAAGCCAAAGUCCUGCGACCUUUGAGAAGCUGUGAGGAACCUCUGACUCCCCCACCACAUUCACCUACCCCAAUGCUGCAGUUGAUCCAUGACCCUGUGUCACCACGAAGCAUAGUAACACGAUCCUCUCCAGGAGCAGGUCCUAGUGACCAUCAUGGUGCAAGUCGGGAUGAACGCUUUAAGCGGCGCCAGCUACUUCGGCUGCAGGGUGCAGAGCGCACAGUAGUGCGGGAAAAAGAGAACAACCCUAGUGGCAAGAAAGAGCUUUCAGAGGUAGAGAAAGCGAAGCUCCAUGGUUCUUACCUUACAGUCACAUUGCAAAGACCUACCAAAGACAUGCAUGGCACUUCCAUUGUGCCCAAGCUGCAGGCAAUAACGGCCUCCACUAAUCUGCGACACUCUCCCCGUGUGGUCAUGCGCCAAAGUUCGGCUAAGACACCCCAGCGGGGAGGAGAUGAUGAGGCUGCUGAGGAGGAGGAAGAAGAGGAAACUGCAGAUGAGGAAGAGGAGAGUGCUGAGGAGAGUGGGGCAGCUAGAUUGAAUGGUCAGGGUGGCAGGGCACCAGAUGGGGAGGAGAUCUUGAUGCAGAAGGAAGUGUGGAUGUCUGUCUUCCGCUAUCUCACUCGCAAGGAACUUUGUGAAUGUAUGCGUGUAUGCAAAACCUGGUACAAAUGGUGUGGUGAUAGAAGAUUGUGGACAAAGAUUGAUUUAAGCAGGUACAAGUCCAUCACACCCCUGGCCCUUGGUGGUAUAAUCAGGAGGCAGCCAGUUAGCCUUGACCUCAGCUGGACCAAUAUUUCCAGAAAACAGCUCACUUGGCUCAUAAACAGACUACCAGGCCUCAAAGACCUCAUCUUAGCAGGCUGCUCCUGGUCUGCAGUUUCUGCUCUCGGUACCUCCACUUGCCCCCUUCUCAGGACUCUCGAUCUUCGGUGGGCAGUAGGAAUCAAGGAUCCUCAGAUUCGGGACUUGCUCACACCUCCAUCAGAUAAACCCAGCCAAGACAAUCGCAGCAAACUCCGUAACAUGAUAGACUUCCGGUUGGCUGGGCUGGACAUCACAGAUGCCACACUCCGACUCAUCAUCCGCCACAUGCCUCUGCUCUCAAGACUAGAUCUUAGUCACUGCAAUCACCUUACAGACCAGUCAACCAACCUGUUAACAGCUGUGGGAUCUUCCACACGAAACUCACUCACUGAAAUCAAUAUGGCAGGCUGCAAUAAGCUCACAGACCAGUCCCUGCUUUACCUACGGCGCAUUUCUAAUGUCACUCUGAUAGACCUUCGUGGCUGCAAGCAGAUCACCCGUAAGGCCUGUGAGCACUUCAUCUCAGAUCUAUCAAUCAACAGCCUUUACUGCCUGUCAGAUGAAAAGCUGAUCCAGAAAAUCAGCUAGAAAUUUGCCACAGAUAGACUGAAGAGAAGGAAAGAUCCCAGACAACCCCUCUUGGAGAGCAGACCCUCCCCCAUUUUCCUCAACAUCAACAGGAAGAGAAAAUAGCAGCCUGAUUGUGACUAUGAUGUCCCUCCUCUCCUUGGGACUUCUGUAGACCAGGAAAUCCCACAGAUAUUUGAGGAAGUGGAACCAGAAGGGAUUGUAGGACGGCUGUUUUUGUGGGAUACUUGCUCAUCAGCUACAUGCCCUAACGUGAUGUUUUGUAGCAGCAUUUUCAGGAGGAAUGUGUCCCUUUCUCUCCUUUCAGUCUCUGCUCUUUCCCAUAAGUCCUACAAAAACAGAUCACACUGCCCCAUCAGAUUGUGGGGGAAUCAGACCAGAAUAGUGUUAAACAGGGUCACUUCUGUUUCUCUGCUGUCUUGGUGUGUGAUUUGUUACUAAAUACCGGGCCUGGGAGUAACUUCUUGUGCCCAAGGCACUGUGCUAAGCUUCCUUUUCUCACCCAUCAGCAGCUGCAAUGGGCAGCUACCACUUUAUGCUGAUUACUCAAAGCUGCAUUGUCCACAAUAGUGGUACCCCUUCUGAGGUGAGUACUACUCCGUGUGCCCUGUGGUUAGCCUGCAGGUAUUUUCCAUUUUGAAGCUAGUGUGGGGAUGGUGAAGCUUUCACAUACAGGGAGCCAUGUUCAGAAAGAUGGCAUCAUAUGUAGGGGGAAAGCUGCAGUCAAGCUUGAAAGCUUGAGAGGCAUCUGGUGAGAUAUCCUAACACCAGCAGAAAUGCUCUCUAUCAUGCUGGUUUGAGAAAAAUGCCUACACAUUGGAGGGGGGCGUAGCUAUUGGCUCUUGAACUGGGAGAUGGGUGAAUGCCCAAUUAGCUGCCUCUCUUCUUUUGCAAUGAAUGGCCGGUCCAAAGAACUUCUCUCUUGGGCAGCAGAGAGCUUUUUGCACUUUAGAAAGAAAGGUAAUAUUUUGGAUCCCUAUUUUAUUUUUCCCUCUACCUGGGUGACUGGACACUCCUUCCAGCUGUCUGAGCUUGUCAGGGUUUGAAUGCACACUUUGCACUCUGCUCUCUUCCCCAUAGUGAUAGCACAAAUUAGACUGCCCUUCACCCCUGCCUCCCCUUCUGAGCCUCGCAUGGCAAAAAAGAAAAGAGCUCUCCAGUGUCUGUGCAGCAGGGGAAAAGAGGUGACAAUUUGGAGGAAAGCCCAAUGCACCCUCGCUGCUUCUGAAGCAAUAAGGGAGGAGGAGGAAUACACCCAUAGCUCCCCACAUUGCCCAGCCCAGUUGCGUUAAAUGCUGGGGCAUCUGCGCCUUGGGGAAGAGCAGCUUCGCCUGCACAGUUGGGAAUGGGGUGGGGCAUAUCUAUAUAUGUUUAAGUGUGCUGGGAUCCAGAGGUUCCCUGUCACUUCAUAGGAGGAGCAGGCUUCUUUGCCAAGAGGACAAUGCUAGUGUGAUGAGUUCCAGAGUGCCUCAGUACACAGGAGCUUUGCUGCAUAUUGAUUUUUUUCCCCUGCAAAAACACCCGCUGAUCUUCUAGAAGUGGAUACGUUCUGCCUUGUGUUGACUCCCAUGGGGAAAAUAUUGUAGAAUCAAUCUUCUGUUUUGUUUUGCUUUUUUCUUUCAAGAGGAAGUUGAGAAUAGCCAUAUAGGAGGUUCAAGUGCAUCUGCCCAGGUAACUCCCAGCUUGGAGAGUUCUAGGCUCUAGGUAUUUUGUGUUUGUUUUUUUCCUCUCUCUCUUUUCUCAAAAGUUGGGAGCACCUUCACCACUCUCCAUAUGCUUUGUUCAGCCUGAGAGGUGCUGAACUGCAGAAAGUUGGCAUGUCAGGAGCAUUAGAGUCUGGGAGGAAUCUCGUCUUGCGGCAAGAGGGAUGAAGCAAGCAUCAGACUGAUUGGGGAGGGUAUUGUUGUGGGCCUAGGCUUUGCUGUCCUGCAGCCUUCUCAAAUGUAGCCCUCCAGUGACUGUGGCUUAAGUGACUAAAAACAAAUUGUGAAACUUCAUUGCCUAAACGGGCCACCACCCCAGACGGUAAAUGGUGACAUAAAGGAAAGAGAAAUUAUAUAUAAAAUCACUUAGUGAUUAAAAAAGAAAACAUGCUCCCUAAAUAAAAACUCCUUAAAGAAAGUCACUAUUGUCUAAAAGGGUUUGGUUGUUCUUUUGUGUUUUUUGAAGAAAUUGUAAAUAUAUAUUUUUUGUUGCUAACUUAGAGUCAAUCUCCAAUGUUGUGCUUUAAAAUUAAAUGUAAGCAUUAAGGGUAAAAGAAACCAAGUCUUGCGCUCUCUCGGUUGACAUGUUUAGGGUUGGGGAAUAUUUGGGGCUAAAGGGAGGGAAGCUAGUUGGGAUUUUUCAUUUUCUAAUCAUUUGACAAUAACGGUUUUAGAGAAUCUUUCCUCAAGUAUAUUACCACAGGAAUGAGAGACAAGUGAAUGGGGAAAGAAAAUAUACCAGCCUCUGAAGGGAGACUUUGUUUCAUGGGGUGGAUUUUGGAAUAAAAAUUUCAAGAAAAAAUGUGUGGGUCUGCAUAUUGAUUAUGAUGUGAGCUCAGAUCCAGGGGAAUCCCAGCUUAGAUGAGAAUUUGAUCAUUAGCCUACCACACCUUUACCUACCCAGUGUCCCAGGGCCUUCUGUAUUAAAAAAAAACAUUAAAUUUGAAGCAAUUCCCAUUCUGCAAACCAUAUCCGUUUUUUGGGGAGGAGGAUGUUUUAAAAUACAUAUAUAUUUGUUAAUAAAAUUUAUAGAUUACAUCCUA